CAUAUGUUAUUGGUCUGUGGGCUGGAAUCCAUUUUCUACGUUGUUGUGACAUUUUGAUUUUCACUCUUCUGUUGUGAAAAGAAAUGAAACUAUGUUGUUUAACCUUGAAUUAAGUACUUGGAAUAAGUGAUGAUUGAACUCCACACGUUUUUCAAAUGCUCCAAAAAAUAUAACACAUGUCUAACUUGCGUGAAGUAAUACAUAAUGGGUUGAAGUAGUGAUUGGCUGCGGCAUUAAAAUUCUUCGGUUUAUCACAUUACUUUAAAUAAUAAGAUCUAAGCACAUUGUAUAGAACAAUGGAGUUGGACGUGUCGCCGAUGGAUUCGAUUAAUAACGAUAUGGAAUACUCCAACAAUUCAUCCGAAACUAAAUACAUGUCAUGCAAUAAUAACGACCAGUACACAGUUAUUCGUAUACCUCAAGAUGGUGAAAAGCCUAACAAACACUCGUCUAGGAAACAGUCAAAGCGAAGAAAAAAGAGUUCCAAUCAUUCGAGACCUCUGCCACGAAUAAUCGUUAAGCCUCUCCCUCCACCUCCUCCACCAGAGAAUCGGGAAUGGACGGCGGCCACUUCAUGCUCAGACACGGGCUCCUCGGCUAGCAGUAGGCCCUCCACUAUGCGAGAGGUAUUAGCUAGUAUACCAGGAUUUUGUAUGAAACCUAGAAAACGAAGUGGUAAAAAGCUAUCAACUGCAGCUCAACUACAGCAAACCAGAGAAGGCUGCAUAGAUUUAGAAACUCCAGAUUCCAUAUUAGUUAACACAAAUAUUAGGGCUCUUCUCAAUAAGCAUACAUUUUCUCUACUCCCUCCUCUGUAUCAGUACAAGCUUGGACAGUUACUCCCCAAUGUGGAUAGACCUAGUACAUCUGGCAGGCUAAGUUCAUCUAGUCUUAAUAAUGAAUUUUUUGCUCGAGCAUGUUUGGAAUGGCAAGAGUCUCUGUCAGGAGGCGAGUUUACACCUGAAAAUCAACAGAAAAUGAAGACUGAAGCUGAAAAAGAAAAGAGCAAAAUUGAUCCAUGGAAAUUAAAACACUUUGAACCUUUCUGGGGUGAAAAGCAGCAGAGGGAAAAAUCAUCUAUGAAUUUGAAUUCAGAGCGUCCAUCACUAAAAACUACUAUUAAACUAAGGCCCACAGCAUCAAUAACAAGUAGCAGCACUGUUCCAAAGAUCAAGAAAAGCAAAUCAUCUAGUUCUAGUAAAAGGCUGCGUUCUGUUGGAGCUGUAACGAGGUCUUCAGCAAAAGAGGCUGAAGAAGCUGAGGAUGAAUCUGCUGUUGUGGGCAACAAGUCAAGUGCUCCAGUGCCUGGCCUACUUCCACUCAAACAUGUCAAGAGUCAAGGCUAUAUUGAAUGCCAGAUGGAUUUUAACUUCUCUGACUCCUCAUCUGCAACAAGAGUGGAGGAAUCUGUAUCCUCUACCCCAGUUGAUCCUCUCUUACUACCUGACAGUGAAUCAGGAAAUGAACUUAAGCAGGACUUAGAUAUGACUGUAGUAAAAAUUGAAGAAUCUAAUACAUCUAAGGACUGUGGUGAAGAUAAAAUAACAGACUCAGAGAGUAAUAUUGCAGAGACAACCAAAAGAUUGAGUAAUGAUAUUAAUGAGUACAGAUUCUCGAAAAGAAUUAAAUAUGAAGAAGAUUUAGAAGAAGAUAAUACACGUUUUUUGGCUCAGAAUAAUAUUGGAAGUGAAAGCAUCAAUGAUUCUGAUGGUGAAGCAAACUACAACACUGAGCAACUGGGUCAUAAUGAAGAACUCAACAUGUAUACUGUACGAGACCACGGAGACACAAACAGUGAAGACAGUAAAGCAACAACAUCUGUCUAUGAAUAUGAUGAGCAAAGCAUCUCUUCCAUGUCAAGUUUGAAAAUUGAAAACCAUUUAAAUAAUGUCUCCCUUGUCACAGAAUCAUCUGACAAUGUUACUGAAUAUGAAAAUACUGAGAUGGCAGAAGUAGACCAAAUUAUAACAGUAGUAAAGGAUGAUGAUUGCAAAGAUUCAGCCUCUCCUUUACAUGACAGCCAAGAUGAAUAUACUAGUUCACAAACUAAUGUAGCAGAGAUAUAUACUGCUAGUGUUGACUCAGUAGAAGGUAACAAGUCACCACUUAGGGCUAAAGAUAUACAAUAUGAAAAAAUGGAAGUCAUUGAGGAACUAGACUAUCCUGUAAAGCAGCCUUCAAAAGAAGAUAUUAAACCUGAUACACAAAUACCUGAGAAAAAUGAUCCAAAAUUAAAAGAGACUGAAAACAUUGUUCCUAGCUAUUAUGAUGAACAUUUCAAAGAUGCAGAGUCAUUUAUAUUAGAAACUAGUGGUCUCCCAAUAAUGACAACUCAAAAUGAAGGAGAAAAGUACACACCUCAAACAAAUCUAAUGGAGCUUACAUCUUAUAUGAGUGAAACAAAUGUGACUGCUGUUGUUACAAUGCCAUUGUCACAAAACACAUCUAUUCCAAUGAUGGAAGUCACUAAUACCUCUGUUGUGUCUUACCCUGAUGAUCACCUGCAAGAUCCAGCUAAACCCAAAAACUCGGCAGUGUCAUGGAAAAGUGAUAGUGAUUGGACUCAAAACGAAAACGUUAUAACAAUACAAAAUUUUUCCAAUGUGAACACUGACAGUGCAAAAUAUGCUAGUGAAGAUUCAAAAACCAGUAUGGAGGAUGUAAAUAUGAAUGAAGAGAACUGUAUGUAUAAAACAGAUAGAGAUACUAACUUUAAUAUGGAAUCGUCAAACUCAUCAGAGAGCUGUAAUUCAAUGAAAGAUGUGCUGGUUAAACAAGAAUCCGAGCCGGCGACCAGUCUUGUAUCUAGUACGACUGCAGCUAACCCGCCGAUUAAUUCUACGACGAUGACGCAAAGUGUCAGAAUUGCUCCAAAGAAAUCCAAAUCUGGGAAGGAAUCAAACAGGAGCCGCAGUUCCAACAAAGUGCCCCCUGGUGCAGUGAACCUGGAGCGCAGCUACCAAAUCUGUCAAGCAGUCAUACAAAACAGCCCAAACAGAGAUGCGUUGCGCGGACAGCUGCGCCCGCCGCCCGCGCUGCUCACCCGCCCCGCGCGCCCGCCGCGCCCCCCGCCGCCCGUGCUCAUCAGGCAACUACCCGCCGCCGUCAUGCCACACGCUGAGAUAAAUGAGAACAGGUCAAACAACAUGGGCCAGUAUAUCCUGGUUCAGAGGACGCCCAAUGUCGCUCCCAGAGCGUCAAGUGCACCUCCAUCCAAUCAGAACACUAAUGUGAAUGUAACACGCUGCAGAAGCGUAGGUGCAGACGAUGCGUGCGUGUGCAACUUGCGCGCGAUGAUACUGUGCAAGAAGUGCGGCGCCUUCUGCCACGAUGACUGCAUCGGCUCCGCGGAGCUCUGCCUCACGUGCCUCAUCCGCUGACCCCUGCGCCCACUGCACCCUCUGCACCCCGCACCGACGUCUUGCCAUACGCCCUACGCGUUGUAUGGAUAAAUUAGCGAGACGAACAACUGAUGAUAUAUUGUGUAUGUGCCCUUGUAUCUCAAUGUGAAGCAUUUUUAAGUUUGUUGCACUUUGCUACAUGCGUAAAAAAUUUAAAAAUGCAUGUUUGUUCCGCGUGUAGCAAAGCGCAAUUAACUUAAAAAUGCUCUUACUUAUUACAGUCAUCAAAUUAGUCAUUGCAUCAGUUCAGCUACCUUGAUCUGUUUUAUGGCAGUUUCACUAUAUUGAGCAUUAUUACAUUACUGUAUUGUUUUACACGGGCAUAAAAUAAAACUGUUACAUUUUAAAGCAGUCUAUAUCCUAGAAAAUGUAUUGUGUAUUAUUCUAUGGUUGCCUCAACUCUCGCUAAUUUUCUAUAUAAAUAUGUGCCUGGAUUGAUUCGAGCCAUAAAUUAGUGGCUUAGUGAAGUGAGUAUAAACAGAGCAUUAUGUGACAGUGUACAGUGGAAUGUGGUUGUAGGAAUGGUGGUGCUAUAUGUUAAAAAAAGAAUGAAGUGAAACCCAAGCUUAAUUUUAUUUAUAACAGCGUCAUUGUGUGUUAACAUAACCAUGAAGUGUCUAUAAGACGGAACUAAGUGUAAUGAUGUACAUAUAAUGAAUUACUUUUAUAUAAAUAGGGAUUGAUGCUCCGUACGGUUGAAAGUAUUAAAAGUAGGUUCUAACAAUAGAAAAUAUAUUUAUACAGGAUACAUUUAUACAUUUAAAAGUUAUUUGUACCUCCACUUUAGCAAUACUGUACAAGUAAAUAAUAUAACUUGCUAUAAUGGUAUAAUAAUUUUAAUGUGAUGUAAUCAAACUCAAAGUAUAUAUUAAUAUGAGCACAAGUUUAUUGUUUAUUAGUCUUAUCGAUUUAGUAACACGAAUAAAGGGAUUGUCACCUAAAUGAUUUUUUGAUGAGAGAUUUUGGCAAUAAUAUAAUCACAACUUUCAGAAUAAACCAGCUUGUUUGACAUGUUUCACUUACAUUCAUUUGUGGAUUGUGAUUCGCGUCCCUCAAGCUGUGUGGAAUUCACCCCAGUUUGAAUCAUGCUUAGAACAUUUGUAAUAUAGGCCCAGACUACAUAUUUAUUUAAGUAAUGCCAUCACAUUUUGUUAGAUCUUUGUAAGUCAUUAUUUUUUUAUAAGUGCUUUUUUUUAGUUAGGGGUCUCUGUACUUGUAUAGGGUUAGGCAUUAGUUUGACGAUCUAUCUAGUUUUGUAAUUAAGGUUAUGUACAGAUAUUUAUUGACUUGGAAAGGCUGAUGGGGCAAACAUCAGAUAGUAUAAGAGCCAAUACAUACAGUGUUGUGUGUUGAUGAAGAUGUGAAUGCAAAUUCAAAUCUAAUAAUUUACUAUGUAGACACAUCUAUUUAAAUAAAAGCAAAACUGACUAAUUGAUGUAACACAGCGCUGCUAUAUCUAGAAACUUGAGAUUUUGCAUGUAGUACAAAUGUGAACCAUACUUAGAAAGAUUUUCUACCUAAGGCAAGCUGAGGGGGGCAGCUAAUUGUAUAAUAAUGAUGUCUUACCGUAAUGGAGUUUGUGAGUAGGUACACAGAAUAUCCUGAUAGACUUAACUUUUUUUAAUUCAUGGUGGGUAUGCAUUUACCUAAAACUUAAAUCUUCAUGUAGUUUUAGAUGGAAUGGACUGACUAGCCUUGAAAAGUGUUGAUAUAGAAAAUGCACUGUUGCACUGUGAAGAUGAGUAUUUCUAUUCGCUUCCCAACCCAACUCUGUAUCUAUUGGCCUCAAUGGUAGAGUUAACACAUUGGUGUUAAUUCGGUUGUCCACUAAAUUUUCAAGUCUAAAAGUAGGCUAUCCUUUAUUAUUGGAAACAUUGAAAAGGACAAAACUAUUUUUAGACCUGUGAAAAUGUAUAAUCGAAUUAGGACCAUUCUCUGUUUAACAUUGGUGUGGUAUUUAACACUAUGUGUUUUUAGUGUUAAAUUCCAAAUAAGAGGUAGGGUUUAAUCUAAGGUGCCUAUAUAAAUCUCCCUAAUAAAAAUAAUAUAAGUAACUAGGUAUAGAAUAUGACUUGUUACUUUGAAUUCUUUCUUAUGGUGUGUAAACUAACACUAUACUGUACUAAGUAACACAAUGUAUAUUGAUAAUGUACCUUUAAUAUUUUUAUAAGGAACUUUUUUAAUCCACAGAGCUUCUAUGUCAACUUAUAGUGUAAGAGCCCAAAAGUGAAUUCAUGAAGGAAUUUAGUAAAAGUUAAAAACGUAAGGAAAAAUUAACUUUUUAGAGUCAAAAGUGGUUGAAACAUUCGACAAUUUUAACUGUUACUAAACAAGUUAAGAUUUAUAUCUUGGGCUCUAAGUCUAUUAACUUUUUGUAACUAUGCCAUUAAUUAAAUGAAAAAAAUAAUUAAUUAGGUACAUUGUCACACUCGUAUUUCAGUGUAAAUUCCUUAAAUGUUAUCAUUUAUUUGAAAAAAAAUACUUUUGAGUUCAAACUAUAAACCAAUAUGUAUACGGUGUAUACUCUCAUACUACUGUCUUAACUUUGUUCGUGUUAGUAUGUUUUCGUCCCGAUUCGUUUUAACAAAUAAUAAUAGAUAAUUAUUUUCGCCAAUAGUUUAUUCACCUAAAGUUAAAAUAUACCAUCACAAAGGAAUAAUGUUUAUAAUAUAAUCUUAAUACAUAAUAAUAAUUAUUAAAAGGUAUGUAAUAUUCAUAAGUCUACAAAAUGUUGCUCAGUCUCAUCACAAGUAAUUAUAGGUAAUAAUAUGUAUACAUAGAUCACAUUAAUAAGGACUGUUAAAACUAAUAUUUUAAGUAGAUAGUAUAUAAAAGCCUAUUAGCAAACAGUGCAAAUUUUUUUGUGUUACAAAUUACAUGGCAGCAAGGAAAAAAAAAUUGUUCAAGGUUACAAUUAUCCGUAUUACGUAUAAACGAAUCGAAAACGACAGCAUUAAUUAUUCGAUCUCUCUUACACAGCAUACCGUUGUAUAGUGUGUGAGUGAGACGAAAUGAUUAGCGCUGCUUCGUUUCGACUUGUUUCUUUACUGACACACGUUAUAUUUUUCAAUAUUUUAAAAAAUGUUUGAUAUUCAACUAGCAGUAACUUCGUCGCUGAAAUAACUGUACACUGAAGAACACCUGAGACCUUUUCAUUUUUCUUUAUAAAUCUACUUUUAUAUGGAAACCAACUUGCACAGAGAAGCUUUCAUACAAGAUUUUCUCCAAUCUGAGUUACCUAUUAAGGGCUUCCUAGACGGUCAAGCACGUAGUUUUGUUUUGCUUGAUCAAGCUGCUUGACGCAGCUAGAUCAAGCAUACGGCACUUUUCUCAUAUCUCGAACACUGUCCGAACAUCGCGUCAAGCAAAAAUAUAAAAUCGCAUCAAUCACCGUCAAGCA